AUGAUCGCAGCACCUACUGUGACAGCAUGCCGCUGUCAGGAGACUCCACCUGGCCCUCCUGUGGUAACUGAAGGGCCACAGCCAACUGGCCCACCUGGCCCACCAACCGGAGGUCCUGAUCCAGCAGGUCAACCUACAGGAGGUCCUGAACCAACUGGCCCACCUGGCACACUAACUGGAGGUCCUGAACGAACAGGUCUACCUACUGGAGGUCCUGAAUCAACUGACCCACCAGGCCCACCAACUGGCGGUCCUGAACCAACAGGGAAUCUACUGGAGGUCCUGAACCAACUGGUGAACCUCAGCCUACUGGAGGACCUCGGCCUACUGGACCACCAGGGCCACCUUCUAGGGGAUCUUAUGAUUUUUUGCGUGGUGUGUUCUGAGGAUUCUGCAUUAGUACUACUUUAA